AUGAUACGACAAAAACAACUAACACUAUUAAAUAAUAUACAAAAUAGUAUACAUACGGCAUUUACACGGGUAUUUUGUCAAUGGGUUUCCAUAACACGUUUAGGACAAAUUAGAUGCUUUACAGAUAUGCCUAAAUACUCAAUAGACUCAGAAAAUGUAACAAAACAUUCCUCAAAACAAUCUGAACGUUUAUAUGACCUUUAUGGGCCUUUUUCAAAUGCAGAGUUACCCAAACCAGAAGCAUUUUCUAAACUUCCACCAAAUGUUCAAGCAGCAUAUCUUGAGCCACUUCGUCGUCCUGCCCGAUAUGGGAUUAUAACGUGUUCACUUCAAAUGCGAAGCUUUGAAGUACAUCGUCUUGCAUUUUUCGCAGACUUUUCUAUGAGAGCGGCAUAUUACAUAGGUCUUUGUGCCUCUGGCCCAGUACCACUACCUAAACGGAUUGAACGAUGGACCGUUCCACGUGGCCCAUUUGUCCAUUCAAAAAGCAAGGAAAAUUUUGAACGCAUUACAUAUAAAAGGCUUAUUACUAUUAAAGAUGGGCAUCCUCGUGUAGUUGAUACGUGGCUUGCAUAUCUAGCAAAACAUGUCAUGAGUGGAAUUGGUAUGAAAGCACAUGUUUUCCGUUAUGAGGCAAUCAUGCAAGAAAAAGAAAGAGACAGUAAAAUGCCUGAAGAAAAACAUUAA